GGGAUGCUGGAGCUGAAGCCGAGCUCUCCCCUCAUCCUCAAGGGCAGGAACCUGCUCCCACCAGCUGCUGGUAACUCCCGCCUGAACUACACGGUGCUGAUCGGAGACACUCCCUGUACCCUGACUGUCUCCGAGACCCAGCUCCUCUGCGAGUCCCCCAACCUCACCGGCCAGCACAAAGUGACGAUCAAGGCUGGAGGGUUCGAGUUCUCCCCGGGGACGCUGCAGAUCUAUUCCGACAGCCUGCUCACCCUGCCCGCCAUCAUCGGGAUCGGCGGCGGGGGUGGUCUGCUCCUCCUCAUCAUCAUCAUUGUCCUCAUUGCCUACAAGCGCAAGUCCCGGGACGCUGACCGGACCUUGAAACGCCUCCAGCUGCAGAUGGACAACCUGGAGUCCCGGGUAGCCCUGGAGUGCAAAGAGGCCUUCGCUGAGCUGCAGACUGACAUUAACGAGCUGACCAACGACCUGGACGGGGCUGGCAUCCCCUUUCUGGAUUACCGCACCUAUGCCAUGCGAGUUCUCUUCCCAGGGAUAGAGGACCACCCUGUGCUGAAGGAGAUGGAGGUCCAGGCGAAUGUGGAGAAGUCCUUGACCCUCUUUGGGCAGCUUCUGAACAAGAAGCACUUCUUGCUGACCUUCAUCCGCACUCUGGAGGCUCAGCGGAGUUUCUCCAUGCGGGACCGUGGCAACGUGGCCUCCCUCAUCAUGACGGCGCUGCAGGGUGAGAUGGAGUACGCCACGGGUGUGCUCAAGCAGCUCCUUUCCGACCUCAUUGAGAAGAACCUGGAGAGUAAGAACCACCCCAAGCUGCUCUUGCGGAGAACGGAGUCGGUGGCAGAGAAGAUGCUGACGAAUUGGUUCACGUUUCUACUGUACAAGUUUCUGAAG